AUGCAGGUUUACGAGGCCUUUCUGGGCUACUUGUGGAACAAGCGAAUCCAGAUGGCCCGUGCUCCAGUGACAUUCGGGCCCAGUGUACUACGGGUGUCCUCAACUGGCUUUAUCGUCUUGGGCUUCACGUUGCUGCUUCAGAUGUCCUUGACCACCUACCUGGGCUAUAGCCGUAGCUAUUGGGACUGGGGCUUCUUCCGCAUUGCUGCGCUGGUUUCGUUUGUGGCCAUGGUUUCUAGUGGAGUGGCCGUAGGAUUACAUUUCCUCUUCCGGAAGACUGAACAUGUGACCUGUCAGCUGGCUGUUUUCGCCUUUGCUACCUUUUCGCAUGGCUACGUGGCACCGGAGAUUGCACGGGAUGGCUUAACACAUUCCUCGUCCAUCACGGAGCUGAUCUUGGCAUUUCUGGGCCUGGCAGCUGUUGAGGCCGAUCGUUUGGGCGCCAUCCAAUCCUUGCAGCAAUCGCGGCAGCUUCGAAAGAACUUCACCAAGAGCGUGAGGAAUGCCAUGAGUUCCAACCCUGAGGAUUUGCGGAAUAUUUUCAGGGAGAUGGAGCAGCAUGGACAAAUCGAAGCUGUUGACCGCACAGUGGAGUUGUUUUUGGCCAUGAACAUUUCAACAAAGCAACUGCAUUAUGUGACAGAUCGUGCAGGAUUGCUUGGAACUAUGUCCGGCUGGAGCAGAUUCCUUUUCAUCUCUGUUUUGGGGAUGUGUGGCAGCUGCUGUGUAACGGUGAGGAAGUACCGAAUCAAUCUAUGGGAGCCAGAAGUUCCCUUCUUCCACUGGUUACUUUGGAUCGUUAUUAUCAUGGAGAUUGUUCUGUGGCUGUUGAUCUUUCUACCACUGCGUGUUGAGAGAAAGGCCUUCGCCGAGAAGUGUGUCAGUCUUUGGAUUUUGUUUGCUGCUCCUAUGUGGGUGGGUCUUUGGCAAGGGAUGGGUGGCGAAGUGCUUGUGGCUUUCUGGAUUAUGCCAGCAAUCCUUUUGAUGACUGCCUUGGGCCCAGCUCGUAUUGCAGCACUUCCUUUCUUUGGCCCAAUCUUGCUUCGCUUCCUUUUCGGCCGAAACUGGGGAAUCGUGAAGCAGGAUGAUGCGGAAAGAAACGCAUCUCCGGAGGUGGCCAAUACUCAGGAAGCAUCUCCGGAAGACAAUGAGGACCCUCUUGAAUCUCAUUAUCUCUAA